AUGGCAUCCAGCACCAUCACGAACGGCACUCGCAAGCCUUACAAGGUUCUGGUCGUUGGCGGCUCGUACGCCGGCCUGUCUGCCUCGCUCAACCUUCUCGACUUGUGCCAUGGCAAAGCCCCCCGUUUCCUCCCCGACACCCCAGCCCCGAGCCAGAAGAUUCCCGUCGAGAUCACCGUGGUAGACGAGCGCGAUGGCUUCC